GUCACUGGAGUGGAACCAUGAAGGUACAGUCUUUACCUGGGAAGGAAAAGAUUGCAGGAAAGGUGGUGAACCUUUAUUUAGCUUUUAGAGAAAAGCUUUAAAGCUGCAGUAGUACCUUUAAAAAAAAUAAGGUGAGAGUAUGUGAAUACCAUGGAACAGGUAAAACUACACUAAUCGCCCCGCCCCUUUAACCUGAUUGGCUCACGAGUUCUACACCUGUAGAAUAAAAGCUGCUGCUGUCUGGAACAAUCACUGAGCUUCCAGCUGCUGCUGUAGUCGUUUAUUCAGUUAAAAACAGAAGACAGUCGAAUAAUCGGCGCGAGCUCUGUGUGCCUUUUUAUAUUAGCAUCACUUUUUUUAAAACUCAGAUUUUUCCUGUGGCAGUUUGUUGUUUUCUUUCUUCUUCUCCGCCGUCAUGGCUCUCCUCAUGGAGCACCAGUUCAGGCAGCUCCCAGCCGACAGACAGGUGGAGACGCGACCCUUCCUCGAGGCGGUUUCUCACCUUCCCCCCUUCUUCGAUUGUCUCGGCUCUACCGUUUUUGCCCCCAUUAAGGCCGACAUCGCUGGCAACAUAACUAAAAUCAAGGCAGUAUACGAAAGCAACCCGAGUCGAUUUAGGACGCUGCAGCAGAUCCUGGAGGCUGAGAAGGAGAUGUACUCAGCCGAGUGGCCCAGAGUAGGAGCUACACUCUCCCUCAUGUGGCUCAAAAGGGGGCUGCGCUUCAUUCAGGUCCUCCUGCAGAGUUUAGUGGACGGUGAGAAGGAUGAGAACAACCCCAACCUGAUCAGAGUGAACGUCACUAAAGCCUAUGAGAUCUCGCUGAGAAAAUACCACAGCUGGUUCGUGCAAAAACUCUUCAAAGCGGCUCUGUAUGCUGCACCGUAUAAGUCAGACUUCCUGAAGGCGCUAUCCAAAGGGCGUGACGUUAAAGAGGAGGACUGUCUGGACAAAGUGCGCCAGUUUCUCGUCAACUUCACCGCCACCAUCGACGCCAUCUACGAGAUGUACACCAAGAUGAAUGCCGAGCUUGAGUACAAAGCCUGAGCUGUGGUUCUGCCUUGUGAUUGGCUCUCAUCAGACUGAUCUGCAUUCUGAUUGGACCACAUCUCUCUCAGGGUUUCUCUGAGCCUCUCGUUUGUAGUUUAUUGUCUGUUCUGUAAUGGAAAUGUGGUACAGCUGGAGAGUGCUGACUCUUAUUCAGGACACUGCUGUGUGAAUACUGGUGUCGGUUUGAUGUGUUCAGUGUCUAGCAGUAUUGAGUCAGGGCAAAUGGACAUGUGUUAGAAUCUUGAUGAAGUUUCCUUGUAAAUUAUUUCCAACAUAUUAGAAAUGAAGUUAUAUUUAUAAUAAAGGGUAGUUUAUUUAUGGUUACACUACUUCAGAAAUUACAGGAUAGUUUUGGAGGACCAAUACACUGUGCUACAGAUGGACUGCAGUCAGGAGUUCUGAAUAAUACUGCCUGCUCCCACAGUUAAUAUUUUGGUUGCAUCUGCCUUUUGCAUUUUUUAAAUAAACUUAGUUGGCUCUGUUUACCAAAAUAUAUAUACAUAAAAAAAUAUAAAUUUAAACCUUUGUGAUGCUAGUCAGGAUUAAGCAGUUACUAAAGAUGAAUGAAUUAUUGACAUGUAAUUGACCAAGCUUCAUAUCUGACAGCCUGCUCAUGGUCACAUGACCAUAUGUUCACAUUAGUAAGAUACAAACUUGCAGGUUCAUUAUCCAUGUACUUUAGUUAAAAACAGAGUCAUGAAUUCAGCCACAGAAGCAGUAAGAGGCUGUAAAACGCCACAUCCUAAUGACUGUCUCAGACAAUUCCUCGGGGCAAUUCUAUGGCAUAUCUGGUCUGAUAUUUCUUCAAUUCCCCACUCACUGUUUGAAACACAAAAAUGUAAGAAAAGCUUAGAGCCAUAGUUUCAUUUCCUGUCAUAGAUAAAUAAAAGCUUGGAAGGAAGUAGCAGAGAUUGUGAGUGGUAGCAGUUGAGUGGUACCAAGGUCAUGUGGAAUGUUGUUAAGGCUGUUUUUUUUUUUUAUUUUUUUUUUUUAAUAAUUGUAAUGAUUUAUGUAGAAAGAAAGAAAUUGACGAAAAUGCUGAAAUACAA